UUGCUCAUAAAUGCAUGCUUCUUCACCUUUUCUUGCAGCACAUAUGGUAGAUGGAGCAGAUGGGCCCAAUAUUCUUCAGCAGUUUAUUGACUCCUAUCAAGUGAUGUUCUUCACUUUAUUUGCUCUCUUGGCUGCCACUGCUGUUGUCAUCAUUGUGUGCCAUGUGCUGUUUUCUCCAAGAGAUCCUGUUAAUCAUCCUGCAUUCAUCCAGAAGUCUCCGCCUCCCACAGGUGUAGCUAAGCUGACUGAGAGCCCCUUCAACAACAGCGUGUCUUCAGACAUGAAGGGAAGCCCAAGAUUACGUCUGUAUUCACCAGACUACAACUCCAGAUAAACCUUCUCCACUUGAAGACCGCAGAAAGUGCCUUACCAUUGGAUACAGGAGUAUAAGCAUGCUGGAAAAUACUUGUGCAAGAGUAUUGCUUACAUGCUUAAAAUAGCUUUUUCAUUUAAAUCCAAGUUUGCUGAAAUGCUGCAUAUCUGAUUAAAUAUGUCAGGGCUGCAUAGUUUUGUCUGCUUUUAUUUGAUUAUUUAAAUGUUUGAUGUGUGCUUUCAUUUAUAAUUAUUGCUAUUAUUAUUUUCAGUAGCCUUUUUCCAAUAGUUUUCAUAGCUUGAUAUUCUAAGUUUUAGUGAGUUGUGAUGUUAAAUGUUUGUCUUUUUUUCUUUGAAGCUCAGGACAACCUUUGAAAACUAAUGUGAGACUGCAGCUUGAUUAUGUAGCAUGUAAUUGUGUGAAUAGUGCAACCACUGAUUCCGUCCAAAGUGCUCUUACAAGUGUUUGAUCUGCAAAAAUAUAAAUGGCCAGUUUAAUUUCAUGAACAAUAUUAUACUGAUUUUAAAUAUUUUGAAGAAUUCUUGAGUUUAGUGCAGGUACUUUCAGUUAUUGAUGUGAAUGUUAAAAAUGUUUAAGGGCUUAGUUAAGCCCUCUGCCUUGUGAGCCUGUUAAAGUGAGACAGAAAUGCUGUUAUAAUAAUGUUUUCUUCUAGUAUCUGCCUUUAAGCAAGAGCCAUAAUGUGACUCAUAGAACUUCUGCACUGAAUAAAUUGAGGAAUUGUGAUAUCUGUCAUAAUCUGAGUUUAAUCUGUAUAUGUAACCACUUCUGAGCCUUUGUCAUUGUUUGCUCUUCUGUCCAUCAUACCUCCCUCAAAAAAAAAUAAUAGCUUGUGCAUUGAGAACAGUCUGUAUUUACAAUGUGCUUUUUUCUGCAUGAGAUCUAUAAACAUUAAAUAUGCUCUUUUUAAGUAUCA